AUGGCGUGGCCCUGCAUCAGCCGCCUGUGCUGCUUGGCGCGGCGUUGGAACCAGCUGGACCGCUCCGACGUGGCGGUGCCGCUGACCCUGCACGGCUACUCGGACCUCGAGAGCGAGGACCCGGGCCUGGCAGGCACAGCCUCGCGGAGGAUCCCAACCCCCGCCGGCGGCCGGGAUUCUGGCCGGGACGUGCCACUCACUCAGUACCAGCGCGACUUCGGUGUGUGGACCGCGCCUGCGGGAACCAGAGAUGCGGCGCAGGGACGCGGUCCGGGGGCGGGCGGCCGCAGGAGCAAGUCCUCGGCGCCUGGCGCCAGGGGGGUCUACGUGCUGCCCAUUGGCGAUCCGGACACGGGUGCAGCAGCGACCACGUCGUACAGACAGGAAUUUCAGGCUUGGACUGGAGUGAAACCCUCAAGACCCCCAAAAGCAAAACCAGCCAGAGUUAUCACAACCCACACCUCCGGAUGGGACGGCGGCACUGGGGCCAGCUUCCAGGUCCCUGAAGUGAGGAAGAAGUUCACUCCUAACCCCUCAGCUAUUUUUCAGGCGUCAGCUCCCCGAAUUCUCAACGUGUGACUGCGUCAGCAUGGAACGAUGGCUGCUGGAAUAUUGCUGAGAAAGGAGCCUGGCUCUGUCCUCUGCUUUCAAGAGGAGUGUGACUGCCCAGGAUGCGGGCCUGGUGUGGAGCACAGGUGCAGAUGGACGCAGCAUCACCAACUUCUCRUCCUCCCACAAAGUGUGUGGGAGGCUUCACAUCUGUUUUUAAUUGCCAUUUGGCCACUCUUCAGUUUUUAAAUUUGAGGAACCUGAGAACCAAUUCAGUUGUGAACCCAGCUGUCCAUGGGGCUGAGGAAUAUGGACGCAGCAGCUCCUUGGCAGAGCCGGUGAUGUCCACUUUGGGUGGUUUUCCCAGGAUGCAUGAG